AGUGGUUUGUCCUUUGGUCUGUGACAUCAGGUGUGUUCUUCUCGUGCGUCUCAGCGGUUCUUUCUGGUGACCAACAUGAUGGAGCGUUUGGUUCUGCUGGUAGCCUCCGUGAUCGCGGCGUUUCUUAUUGCCAGUGGCCAAGGACACCCGACGUGGGCUCGGGACAAGGCCAAGUUGUGCGAGACGAUGAAGCCGGCGCAUGGAGCGAGUGCCCAGCCCAACUCCACUUUCCCUGAUUUCUUUUCCUUGAACGCGUCUGCUGUUGCCGAGGAGGGUGGCUACUACCACGUUCAAUUGGAUGCUCUGGACAAGGACGUUAGAAUUCUUGGGUACUUGAUCGAGGCACGGGAUGCUUGCACUGGAGAAAUCCUCAGCGGUAACUGGAACACUGCCCAGGCGGACCAGAUUCUCAGCUGCAACGCCAAGAAUGGAGUGAACGCAGUGCAUCAUCGUCCACGCAAAGCUCCAGCAGUGACUCAGGUGAAGCACGCUUGGGUUCCUCUCAACAGUGUGACCUCACUCAAUUUCAUGGUGUCUGUUGUGCACAAGAAGGACCUUUUCUGGGUGAAGGAGUCGAUCGAGGUGGUGCCGUGCAAGAACUAAUAAUGUGGAGUCCGCAUAAACAUCAUCAUCAUCGUGAUCCAAAGCCGGCAUUAACUGACUUCGUUGGUGCUUCAAGCGGACAUUAUUCGGCGGCCUUUUUUUUCUGUAUUUAUACACAGUAUUCUACAAUAUGAUUGGACUUUACUCUGAUUUUUAAUAAAGUUGACCGUCUGUGCUGCUGCUUAUGCGAA